GUUUGCUAGUGUGACUUAACGGCUUACUGCCAUCCCCCUCCUUUUUUUCUGCAUUGGCCAGAACUGUUGUCAAUCACAACGGGGAGGCUCCGGCUGUGACGAAGUUGCAACUCGAGGCAAAGAAAAGACGAUUAAGGUGGUUUAAUUUUUCAAAUCCUCUGGGCAUUGUGACGAGCCUUGGCUAUUCCUCCAAGUGAGUGUCCGGAGUACAUCGUCCAGUACCUUAUAAGUUGUGUUUCGUUUUUGCUCUUAAUACAAAUCAUCCGAAACUAACAUGGGAUUUCUAACUUAUAUAAAGGACCGUGUCCAGAAGUUCCUCAAUGAAAAGAACUUUGUGACAGAUCUGCUAGCGAUGUUGGAGGAGAAAACCGGUAUAAAAAGUAACUAUAUCGUUACAGGUACCCUCUCGAUUUUUGGUCUUUAUGUGCUCUUUGGCUAUGGGGCAACACUUCUCUGCAGUUUGGUUGGCUUUGUGUACCCAGCAUAUUACUCGAUCAAAGCUAUUGAAUCCACGGACAAAGAAGAUGACACAAAGUGGCUAACAUACUGGGUGGUAUAUGGUGUCUUCAGUGUAGCAGAAUUCUUUUCUGACAUAUUUCUCUAUUGGUUCCCAUUUUAUUAUGUGGGGAAGUGUAUAUUCCUGCUUUGGUGUAUGGCACCAUUUUCUUGGAAUGGAUCACAAGUAAUCUAUACACGGAUUAUCCGCCCAUUGUUUUUGAAACACCAUACUGCUGUGGAUGAAAUUGUUAGUGACCUGAGUGGAAAAGCUAUAAAUGCUGCAGAAAACUUGACUAAGGAAGGUCCUACUUCAGUAGUUUCUAUGUGAAACCAGGAAACUGGAAAACAGAUGUUUACGCAACAACAACUGCAAAAGUUACAGUGAACCAUGCCCUUGAUGAAGGAAAAGAAGACUGAAGUUGUUGAAAAGUUAUACAAUAGAAUUUGAAACUUAUUUAUUAAACUAUUUCUACUUUAUAAUUUCAUGAUAUACCAAGGUCUAAUUGCAGUUUAACUAGAGCACUGUGUACAGAUUUGUCAUUGUCCUGGAUGGUGGAGAAAAGUCAACAGCACUUGAACCAGGCUCCUGAAUUUAUGUUGAAAACAUGCUUGCAGUUUAAAUAGCUUGAUGAGGCCACUACUUUUUCAUAUGUACAACACUUCAUCCCCCUUUUCUUUUGUAAUGCAGUGGUAUCAAGAGAUAUUUAAAAAAAUAUGUUUUGCUGUUUUUUUCACUAUUUAAUUCCUUUAUCAGUCAUUGAACUCUCCUCCGUCGUUGAUCCAUACUUCACAAACCCACAUGCAGCAGUGUUACAAGAAUGAUGAUUUCUUAAUCAUAUAAUAUUUACAUGCAUAACCCGGAGUGUUAAUCAGUAUUAUUGGUCAGUUUAUUUUCAUUUAUUUCCAAUGCAAGGAGGAGAGUGUCCAGUGUGGCUAUCAUAUUAAAGGUAUUGGGUCAUCGGCAACCCCCCCCCGGGGCAAUACUCAUUUAUUCUUUAAUUAGCUGAUUAAUACUUUAUAUUCUACAGGUCAAACCACCCCCCCCAAACAAUAACUUAAACAAAUGUCUGGAAGUAUAGGUGGGUCUGGGACACCCACCAUCUACUUUUUUGAGAAAGGCAAACUGUCAAGAACCACUUGAGUUGCCCAAUAUUUUCGGUUGGCCCUCUGGUUUUUGACUUGCUGUUUAAACUCCAGUCACCUAUGGCCUUAUUAGCUGUCUUGCCAGUGAGCUAGGCUUGGAAUACACAUUUUUGAAGAAUUGUAGCUGAAAUGAAAAGAUCUCUUGAUGAGUUUUAACCUAAUGGCUUUAUGGCAUCUGUGACAGUUUAUUGACAAGCCUUUAAAAGUUUGUAGUUACAUGGUGAUAGCUCUGUCCCAUGUUGCACAUCAAGUUAAAUUGUACUGGCUUUGUUGCAGUAGUCUGAGACAGAAGUGUGAAGUGCCACUGUGCUUUCCCAUUCUCCUCCAUUCAUUUGGUGCUUUAGAAUGCCAUUUCUGUAAA